AUGCAUCCUGACUUAUCUCCACACUUGAACACUGAAGAAUGCAAUGUCUUAACACUUAAGGAAUUUCACAAAAAUCACAGCAUUCUGAAAUUUUUUGGUCAUUGCAAUGAUCUUGAUCAGGAGAUGAGAAAAUGCUUGAAGAAUGAGUACAUGGAAAAGAGGACCAAGACCAGGGAGCUUGGUAAUGCGAUGUGA